AUGAGACCAUUGAAUGAUCGUGAGUUGGAAGAAAUAGUAAAUGCCUCACCAGAUGAAGGAUCACUUUCUGAGUUUGAAGAUCACAUCAGCAAUGCAUCUGAAAGCGAGUGUUCCGAUGACAGUUACGACAGUCCACAGCCCAUACAAAAUAGUGUAGAGACUUUUCUUUCUAAAAAUGGGAAUAUAGAAUGGCAGUUGCAUCCACCAGCACAACAUGGUCGCCUACCAGCUUCGAACAUCAUCAAGAGUACCCCAGGAGUUACCAGGUAUGCAGUCAGCAGAAUAUCUGAUGUAAAAUGUUCAUUUGAAGCAGUAUUUCACACAGCGCUUCAAAAUGAAAUAAUAGAGAUGACAAAUAUUGAAGGGCAGCGAGUUUAUGGUGAACAGUGGACAGAUAUUGAUGGUUCUGUUUUCCAUGCAUACUUAGGACUCUUACUCCUAGCGGGUGUAUAUCGAUCUCAUGGGGAGUCUACAAAAAGUUUGUGGGAUAAAGAUACUGGGCGAAACAUAUUUCGAGCAACCAUGUCUCAUGAAACAUUCUGUAAGAUAUCACGUGUCCUGCGAUUUGACAAGAAAUCUACUAGAGAGGAAAGACGACGUACUGACAAACUUGCCGCAAUUCGUAGUAUUUGGGAGAACAAAACUUCAUACGUACUGAAAGCCCAAAUUUAUACAGGAAAGGUGAGUGGAGCGGCACCAGAAAGAAAUCAGGGAAUGAGGGUGGUAUCUGAUCUCACUUCUGAGUUACGUGGUCAGAAUAUCACGUGUGACAACUUUUUUACGUCGUACAAUUUGGGGCAGCUGCUUCUGAAAAGGAAAUUGACUAUGUUGGGAACUAUACGGAAAAAUAAGCCGGAGCUUCCACACAAAAUGACCAACAAGGAGGUACACAGCUCUUCAUUUUACUUCACAAAUGACACUACUGUGGUUAAUUAUAUUCCUAAGAGACACAAGAAUGUUGUACUUAUGAGCACUCUCCACCAUGAUGCGGAAAUCAGUGACAGGGCUGAUAAGAAGCCAAAAAUGAUUUUGGACUAUAAUUCAACCAAAGGUGCUGUAGACACGCUUGAUCAGUUAUUAGGUACAUAUACAUGCAAACGAAAAAGUAAUAGGUGGCCAAUGAUAGUUUUCUACAAUAUUCUUGAUGUUUCUGCUUAUAAUGCAUACGUUUUGUGGAUUUCGGUUGACCCUAAUUGGAAUGCAAGCAAAUUGACUAGAAGGAGAAUAUUCUUGGAGGAACUUGGAAAGUCACUGAUAAAAGAACAUAUUGCAUCAAGAACGCAUUUCCCAAGAACAGAAGAUUCUUUGAGAAUGGUCACAAGCAUCCAAAACCCGAAUGAUGUGGGUGGUGUGUCAGAAUCGGUAACAACAAGAAAAUCUACAAAACGUGCACGCUGUAAGUUCUGUCCAUCAAGUAAUGACAAUAAAACAAACAUGGUGUGUGGAAAAUGUAGUAAACAUAUUUGCAAGAAACAUGUAACCUACUUGUGUCCACAGUGCAAGCAGUACUGGAAUAGAACAACAAUGUCGAUAGCUAAAACUGUACCAAAAUUUAUGUUUCUAAAGCAUUUUGAUAUGUCGGGUCAUAUUGACCCGAACAGUAUAUAUGCAAAAUCCUUAAACAUUUCCACUUCAAUUCCACUAAAUCCAAUAGUUGCUGAAAGGCCAAACCAGCUUCUUAGUAUUGAUUUAACAGGUCCACUACCCACCGGUAGGGGAGGCGCUAAAUACUUAGUAGCAAUCCUGGACAAUUUUUCUAAGCACAUAAGACUGUACGCAGUAAAAUCUUCUUGUGCAAAUCCAAUAAUUCGUCGCAUUGAAAAUGAUUAUUUCCCACGAUUCGGGGUUCCAGAAUCAAUUUUGUCUGAUAAUGCUUCAAAUUUCACAUCACGCCCGUGGCGACGACAUGUCCUAGAGGUGAUUUUCAAUUUUAGUUAUAAGUUAGUAUGUAAGGAAAAUGAUGUACUCGAGAGGUAUUAA